GAAAGUUUGCAGAGAAAAGUUUGAAGCUGUCAGUGGCUGUCGGGAGGAGACAGAUGGUGGACAGACGGGACAUCCGCCCGUGAGCAAAAGUAAAUACCGCCAUACACACAAGUCCUUAGAAACACCGAGAUAUGCAACAAAGACGCGCCGUGGAGGCGCACGCUGUUCGGGCCUGAGCUGAGGAUGUUUGCUGGGACUGUUUAGUGUCACAGUUUGAGUCCAUGGUCGCAAAAAGAAAAGCGAAGAGCUGCAUCUCGUCCAGCUGGAAAUGAUUUGAGUUGCCAGUUGUCGCGCUGACAGACAGACAGACAGACAAUAGAUGUUUCCAAAGUGCAAACCGGCCUCCUGACAAAAUGACCCGUUUGAAUUACGGGCGACAAUCGUUUGGACAAAGAGUGUCUCUCUUCCACUUCUUCAUCGCACUUCUGACCGUUUUGGGAAACAAGAGCCUGGGAUUAUCGCAUGAAUCAGAGAGAUUCCUGCAGGAUCCGCCUUCAUAUGAAGUCGUGCGCCCCAUUAAAGUUGAUGCCAGAGGUCACUUCCUGUCCAACUUCCUGUCACAUCACGUUCGCAGAGUACAGCGGAGGGAAACCUCAGAGGGACCAGUGGAAUUGGAUCGAGUCUUCUACCAACUCUGGCACAACGGCGACAAUCUGAACUUUAACCUCACACUCAACCCACACCUGCUGGCCCCGAGCUUCGUGACGGAGCGGAGGUAUGGUGGCCUGAAGGGCGCCCAGAUCCGUCCUCCUCGAUCCUCCCAGUGCCAUUUCAUAGGUGAAGUGUGGAACAGGGCCACUGUGAAAGGGAAUGCAGCCAUAAGUACUUGCGAUGGACUGACGGGGCUGUUCAGGUUGUCGGAUGAAGAGUUUUUUAUUCAGCCUCUGGAGAAAUUGAGCAAAAAGAGCUCAGCACCACAAGCUCAUGCCAUCUACAAACGCCAUGUGUCUCCUCCCUCCUGGAGUCCAGUCAUACAGCCGAUCUCAGGGAAACAAGCUCUCAGUGGUACCUGUGGCCUUAAAAAUUCUCCUCAAAGUAGUGAAGACAGUGAGAGACAGCGGGACCGCUGGGAGCGCCGCCAGCAGAGGAGGAGGAGGAGAAUUCAUCAACGCUCAGUCAGCAAGGAAAAGUGGGUGGAAACGCUGGUAGUGGCAGAUCAUAAAAUGGUGGAGUAUCAUGGGAGCAAAGCUGUGGAAAGCUACGUCCUCACUGUCAUGAACAUUGUGGCAGGUCUGUUCAGAGAUGCCAGUAUUGGAAACGCAAUUAACAUUGUGGUUGUUCGACUAAUCCUACUGGAACAGGAAGAGGAUGAAUUAAAAAUCACACACCACGCUGACAACAGCUUGAACAGCUUCUGUAAGUGGCAAAAGAAACUCAACAUGAAAGGAGACGAGCACCCACUGCACCACGAUGUAGCAGUUCUGCUCACCAGGAAGGACAUCUGUGCGGCCAUCAACAUGCCUUGUGAGACUCUGGGUCUGUCCCAUGUGGCAGGGAUGUGUCAGCCACAUCGCAGUUGCAGCAUUAGUGAGGACACGGGCCUCCCACUGGCCUUCACUGUAGCACACGAGCUGGGCCACAACUUUGGGAUUCAGCAUGAUGGCAACGGUAAUGACUGUGAACCCAUUGGAAAACGACCUUUCGUCAUGUCUCCACAGCUCUUGUACAGCACCUCCCUGCCCAGAUGGUCACGUUGCAGUCGCCAGUAUAUCACCCGCUUCUUAGAUCGUGGCUGGGGCGGGUGCCUCGAUGAUGCUCCAGUGAAGGAUAAGUUGUCCUUGAACUCGCUCCUUCCUGGGGCUCUGUACAGCUCCACUCAUCAGUGCCAACUGCAGUAUGGAUCUGGGUCCCGGCUCUGCGAUGACAUGGAUAAUGUUUGCAGCACGCUGUGGUGCAGUGUGGGACCAACCUGCCACUCAAAGCUGGAUGGCGCUGUGGAUGGAACCAGUUGUGGUUUGGACAAGUGGUGUUUCGGCGGGGAGUGCGUUACGUUUGGAUUUCACCCUGAGAGUGUAAGCGGGGGCUGGGCGUCCUGGAGCGAGUGGUCGGCCUGUUCGAGGACGUGUGGUGUUGGUGUCCAGAGCGCCCAGAGAGAAUGUGACAACCCCGUUCCUAAGUACGGAGGAAAAUAUUGUCUGGGAGAACGACGGCGAUACAAGAUCUGUAACGUCGCACCAUGUCCCCACGACAUGCCCACAUUCCGAGAUGUCCAGUGUCGUCACUUUAAUGCUAUACCAUACAAGGGCAAAUUCUACAAGUGGGAAGCCGUUAUCAGUAAAGUCAGCCCUUGUGAGCUGCACUGCCGUCCGCUGAAUGAACACUUUUCUGAAAAGAUGCUGGAUGCUGUCACUGAUGGUACACCAUGCUAUGAAGGCAACAAAAGCCGUGAGAUGUGCAUCAAUGGCAUUUGCAAGAAUAUAGGCUGCGACUAUGUGAUUGACUCCAAUGCUGUAGAGGAUCGCUGCGGAGUGUGUCAUGGUAAUGGUUCAACCUGCACAACUGUGAAGAAAACGUUUGAGGAGAGUGAAGGACUUGGUUAUGUAGAUAUUGGACUGAUCCCAGCGGGAGCCUGGGAUAUCAGGAUUGAAGAGGUGGCUGAAGCUGGUAACUUCUUGGCACUACGAAGUGACAACCCCAGCACAUACUUUCUAAAUGGUGGUUGGACGAUCCAGUGGAAUGGAGAAUACAAGGCAGCCGGGACAGUAUUUACCUACAUGAGGACAGGGCACUGGGAAAACCUGACAUCUCCUGGGCCGACCAUGGAGCCACUGUGGAUUCAGCUUCUCUUUCAGGAGACCAAUCCAGGAGUGAGGUUCGAGUACACUAUCAGUCGAAAUGUCUCCCAGGACAACAACAUACCUCUGUCAGUUUUCUCCUGGAAAUAUGGCUCAUGGACUGAGUGCAGUGUUACCUGUGGAACAGGUGUUCAGAGACAGACUGUUUACUGUGUGGAAAAGACAAUGGGGAUAUUGGAGGAGCACUUCUGUGACCCCUUGACCCGACCGGAUGAUAACCAAACCAGUUGUAACAAGGAUCCAUGUCCAGCCAUGUGGUGGGUUGGUGAGUGGCAGAAAUGUUCAGCGAGCUGUGGGAGCUCAGGUCUGACUAAAAGGACAGUGCUUUGCAUCCAGGCAGUGAGUGUGGAGGAGCAAGAAGCCCUGCAGCCCAGUGAAUGUGAACACAUCCCUAAACCUGAGUCACUAUUGUCCUGCAACACAGAUGUCCCCUGCCCAGCAGACUGGACCACUGGCAGCUGGUCAAAGUGUUCACUGACUUGUGGAAGUGGAGUCCGUCGCCGUAAUGUGACCUGUUCUAGCAACACAGAUUCUGAAUGUGACCCCCAAAAGAAGCCUCUGGCCAUCAGCACCUGUUUCAUGCAGGACUGCCCACAGGUUGUGGAUAACUUUGGAGGUAUGGACUGGUCAGGAAGCGGCUGGCCAAGUAAAGAAGUUCUCAAUGAAAUUAAUUCCAUACCUGAAGUCAAACCUCCGUCCAAAUACGGCACCACCAGAGCCCAACCAAGAUCCCAUAGUAACCUUAAUAACAUAAUCGAGGGAGAUUUCCACUACCACAAUAACCUUGAAAAUGGUAAUAAACAGAAUAGUGUUCAAGUUGAUGAUUUUUACUAUGACUAUAACUUCAUCAACUUCCAUGAAGACUUGUCAGACGAUUUUGUGAGCAAUGAAGAAGAUUCAGGAGACAGUCACAUAUUCCAUUCUCCACAGGAGGACAAUCCAAGCCACAGCAUGAAUGAAAGUGUUCCCACUGCUACUUCAACCAUUUCUACAAUAUUAAAAGCCAUUUUUCACACGGUGAACACAGAGGAGCCACAGACAGACAACACCAAUCUUGACAAUGUGAAUCACAGUAGAAAUGCAGCACUAAAUGAGUCUGUGCAAACAAAUUCUGAAGGGAUGAGUGACUUUCUUUCUGAGGAUUAUCUCCUGCCUGUGUCUGCAACUCAUUCUCCACCAUUGUCAACAACUCAGCAUUCACUUAACCCAAAGCAGAGAUAUGACGUUGUGCGGUGGCCCGAAAACAUCAGCACAAUGCCUAAUCUGGAAACAAAGGAGCCUACACAGGAUGUGACAUGGGGGCAAUAUACAGAGGAGUCUGAAAAUAAUUAUGACCAUUUUCCUGAGGAGGAAAAUCACAGUGAGGAUGUUGGUGUGACUCCAAAACAGGCUCUUCCCAGGUAUCAAACAACCAUUAAUACUAUUUUUGCUUCAACUGUGAGACCUCAUGAGGUGGAGACAUAUGAUGAUUAUGAGUACAGUUACAUUGAUGAAAGUACAGACCAAGCAAAUGAAGAAAAUGUAGGCACUCCCACACCAGAAUCUGUAAUUCAGGUCAAGACUCAAGAUCUGGUGAAUGAAAGUGUUUCAGAAAUACCUCAAACAACCACUCAGUCAACAUUAUUUCCAACUUCUUUCACACGGGAAGAGCUGGACUUGGAUCAGACACAUUCUAAUACAGCAUACGACACAAGGAAAGACAAUUCAUCGGCUUUUGACCUUGACCUCGGUACAACCCCGCUCCCUGCCUCACAGAAACCCACUCCUCUUCCCUUUCCCUCUCUGGUAAUCUCAGGUAACCAAGAGGUCCCUACUGACUCCACAUUAACUGCAGGAACCAUACCUCUGCCAAACUCAGAAGGAGCCUCUUGGCCUUCUCCAGCUGAUUUCCUGCCAGCAACAACAGUGCAACUACCUACUCUAACUUCCUUCCCUGAAACAACUGGAACAGACUUUGCCUACCAAGAUCCACUGUUUGAUUUAGCUGAUUUUGACUACAAUGAAAUAGUUGUUCCCCCAGUGACGAGGAGCAGCAGUAACAGUGAUCCUGAUGCUUCAAACGCCACCAUUCAACAUCACACAACUCAAACACAGCUCAUGAAAUCACCAACACCUGCUGUGCUCCUCGUGCCAACUCGUACACCUAAUCACACACUUCCAGCACCAACAUCUGCCCGAACAUCAGCCUCUACACGAGUCACUCACGCUGCCUACUGGGUCGCUGGCAACUGGAGCACUUGCUCCACCAGCUGUGGUCUUGGUGCUAUCUGGAGGACUUUAGCUUGUAGCACUGGCUCAGACUCUGACUGUGAUCCAGCCAAGAGACCAGCACCUGCCCUGCGCUGUUACAUCCGCCCCUGCUCCACAUGGAAGGUUGGAGAAUGGAGUAAGUGCUCCGAGAACUGUGAAGGUGGAAUUAAAUCACGAGAGGUCCAGUGUGUUGACAUGCGGGAUCAGAGGCCAUUACGACCUUUCCACUGCCAGGCCGUGUCAGCCAGGCCACAAACCCAUAUACCCUGCAAACUUCAGCCGUGCCUUCACUGGUACACUUCUUCCUGGGGUCCGUGCUCUGAGGUGUGUGGAGGAGGUGAUCAGCAGCGAAUAGUCACAUGUCCAGAGAACGAGCGAUGCAGUCGGUACCUUGAGCCCAGCAACAUCCAAUCAUGUAACAGCCAGCCUUGUGCUCAGUGGCUCACUGGAUCUUGGGGACAGUGCUCUGCUUCUUGUGGUGGAGGAGUUGCGCAUCGACUCAUCAAAUGUGUCAACACAAAAGCUGAGACAGAUGAAGAAGUGGAUCAUAGUCAGUGUGGCCACGAGCCAAAGCCUGAGAGCUCACAGAAGUGCAACUCCCAGGAGUGUGACAGCACCCCCUCUGGAACAGUUUGUCUUCGUGACCACCUGACGAUUCGUUUCUGCCAGACUCUCCGUUUGCUCAGCCGUUGCCACCUGGCCAACGUACAAGCACAGUGCUGCAAAACCUGCAGCCAGCGCCCCCGCCGCGGCAGCACAUCUCGCCCCUGAGGUGCAGCAGUGCACUGACAUGCCUCGCUGAGUGAUGACAUAUAGUGCAAAUCAUCAUUUCCCAUCAAAACCGCGGAGCCUUUUCAUGAUUUCUCCACCACGAGAAGCUAAAUUAUGAACAAACUCAUCUGCAUCUUUGUGAUGGUGGAAUCAUUACAUUGGGCUGAAAAAUGAUUGGACCGAUAACAAAACAUAGCGGUUUUCCUCUGUAAAUAAUGAGAAUGUAAACAUUUGUUUGCACUUUUUUUUAUAAAGUAUACCGAUUGACAUUUUAUGAAUCAGUAUUUGCAUGUAACAGAUAUGGUGUUACAUAAAAUACAAGGGUCUUUUAUCUUAUUAAUGCAUCCUCGCAUGCAUGGGUUAUCGCUCAUUAACUGUUAUUGUUGGUACAAUGCUCUAACUUUAUUGACAGCAACAGAAACUGGACAGAGAGAAACAGACAACGGGUGUAACAUUUGCAAUGUGCUUUAUGAGUCAUGUGGUGCAAUUUUUAUAAAACUUAAAAAUGAGUGGCGCACAACUGAUUGUUUACUAAGCCCUGCCCCAUCAUCACAUUUGCUCCGGGGGCAGCAAAUAGUGGCUGAUCCAGGGACGUAACCUGCUAGUAACAUUUCUGACAGUAUUUUCAGUUUGUAUUUUGAAGCUUCUGAACUAGUUUACCUUACAACUAACAAUAAACACCUGUAGUGCAAAGCAGACAAUGAUAUUGCAAUAAAAAUGGAUGAGAAGAAAAAUACUCAAAUACCUCAAAACUAUUAUUUCUUUGAAAAUUGUCUGUUGGCCACAGGGUGCUACUUCCUCACAUGUGGAAUACAGACUCAAUUUUACAACCAUGAAAUUUAAAUAUUUCAGACAGAAGUAGACAAACAUGUUUACUCAAAAUGAAGAAAAAGCACAAUUCCUUUCCAAGGAAUGUAAAAUGAUUACUACAGGUGGCCGCAACAUUAACCGUACGUGACAACCCACUCGUAUCAUCUGAAAAAAUUGAAAUGGGAAUACAGAACAGGGAAAAGCACUUAUCUUAAAGCAGCAGCUGAUCACUCUUGACAAAUAUAUUUCACACUACGUCAAAUGCCAAGGAAACCGAAGCUUUAAAGUUACCAAGCCGUCGACAGCUGUCACACAGAGCAGGGUUCAGUUGUUUAACAUCACACUUUGGUUUUACAACAAAAGUUUUAAAUUACAAAAUAAAUAAAAUAUAUAAAUGUGAACAGUGGAGAUACUCAGCAGGAAUACUCUGGGUGCUUGAUGCCACACAGACUCGGGUAUAUUUGGUUGGGUUUUGGCAGGUUCAUUGCCUUAUUUACUUGAAUAUUAUAUAAUUAGAUGUCAGCCUUUUUUUUUUAUUUUUUAAAUUAACCAUUUGAUUGAAUCAUUUCAGAAUAAAUACUUCAAAAUGGAGGGACUUUACAGUUUCAUUGCAUGUUAUAUUCAGCAAUGUUCAUGUGUUAGGAUUAGGUUUAUACUAUACAGUACGUUGUUGUUGUUGUUUUCUUGGACAAACUUAACUCCUGCCAUUUUACUCUUUCAGCUCAUGUGCUUGUUUACAGCAGAAAUUGGAAAACAAGCACAGGGCUCAGGCAGCUGUAGUGCAGUCGUAUUAUCCUGUAUUUCUUAAAGCUGCUUCAUGUCUAAUCUUUUUAAGAAAAUGUCUUUGCUAUACAGUAUAUCAAAUGAAAUGUCAGCAAAAUGUAUAUGAGAAAACAGUCAAAGUUGUGCUUUAGGCGAAAUUGUCACAUGAAUGCAGCUUUUAACUUUACUGUGCUGAAAGAAAGAAAGAAAAUCUAAAUCUAAUCCUCUAGAAUUAUGGCUGUAUUUUUAAAGGUUGUUGAUCUUCACACUGACUAAUGUACAUGCUGUUCUCUGGCAACUGUGUAGUACUAAUUGGCAGUUAGGAGUCAUUCAUUUAAAAUGAUUAUGCUUUUAAGUUACUUUUAAUGUGUAUUAAAAUGAGAUGACAAACCUGGAAUAAAAGCAGUUUAAUAGCGAUGCAUGUAAGGUGCUACCAAAAGAAAAACACUGUAAAAAUAAAAGUGUUGAACAUGA